CUCCUCACCAUGGCCCGACGGCCCCGCAGCGGCCGAGCCUGGCGUCUGGUCCUGAGCGCAGCCCGCCGCGAGGCCGACGCGCGCGCCCUGGCUCUGACAGGCACCACCAACUGGGGCUAUGACUCUGAUGGCCAGCACAGUGACUCGGAUUCUGACCCUGAGUGCUCGUCCCUGCCAGCGUCCAUCCCCAGCGCCGUGCCGGUGACCGGAGAGUCCUUCUGUGACUGCCAGGGCCAGCGCGAGGCCUCCCUGUGCGGCAGCCUGCGCCCGGCCCACCGCGGCAAGGACUGCCGCUGCGGGGAGGAAGACGAGUAUUUCGACUGGGUCUGGGAUGACGCGAGCAGGUCCUCAGCCACCUUGCUGAGCUGUGACAAACGCAAGGUGAGCUUCCACAUGGAGUACAGCUGCGGGACCGCCGCCAUCCGAGGCGCCAAGGAGCUGGGCGAAGGCCAGCACUUCUGGGAGAUCAAGAUGACCUCGCCCGUCUACGGCACUGACAUGAUGGUGGGCAUCGGGACAUCGGACGUGGACCUGGACAAAUACCACCACACGUUCUGCAGCCUGCUGGGCAGGGAUGAGGACAGCUGGGGCCUCUCCUACACUGGUAGGCGGGGCUGGGUGUGGGCGGGGCUGGGACAGUUCUUUCUCCAGGACCUCCAGAGGCACAAUGCCAGGGUCCCCGGCGGCCUCCUGCCAUGUGGUGGGGAGCCGCACCUGUCCUUUGCCUGGGCUGCUGCGGGACCCCGCCUGUGA